AUGACCAACAACACCAACACCAGCGCCAACCCUGCUUGGAAGCCCCUCAACGUCGCGGUUGUCGGCGGUGGCCUUGGCGGCAUGGCCGCUGCAGUGGCCCUCCGACGUGCCGGUCACAAGGUACACAUCUACGAACGCCGUGACUUCAAGGUCGAAGUUGGUGCCUCCAUCUCUUGUGCGGCCAACGGUGGCCAGUGGCUCAAGGAGUGGAACGUCGACGUCAGCAAGGGCAAGCCUGUCAACCUCAUGAAGCUCGUCAUGCGCGACUGGGACACGGGAGAGAUCCUCAACCAGUACAACCUUGACCACUACGAGCAAGACUGGGGAAUUCCCUACUACAUGUUCCACCGCCAAGACAUGCAUGCCAUGCUUCUUGAAGUGGCUACCUCUCCCGAAGGCGAGGGUGAGCCAUGCACUGUCGUCGUCGACCACAUUGCCAAGUCGCUCGACUACGUGAACGGCACUGUCACCUUUGAGAACGGUGAGACCAUCACUGCGGAUCUCAUUAUCGGUGCCGAUGGAAUUCGCUCCGCUCUCCGCGGCCAGAUUGGGGUCACUCCCCAGACUCGUUCGGCCAACCAAACCUGCUACCGCUGCAACGUCCGCCGUUCAGACAUUGAGAAGCUUGGUCUCAUGGCCGACGCCACCGACCCUGCCAUCCAGUUUUGGGGUGGUUUCACCAAGGGCGACCUCAACCGCUACUACAAGAUUGUCAUGAGCCCUUGCUCUGGUGGCGACGUUGUGUCCUUUUACUGCUUCAUGCCAACCGAACUCACCAACCACACCCAGGAGGGCUUCCGCUUCGCUGAGGUCCCGGUGUCGGACAUUAUGGCCGGCCGCUACGACCGUCUCGACCCCAAGUGCGCCGACCUCAUCCGCAACUCGGUCGACCGCAUGCCGUGGCGCCUCUACGUCCACCAGCCUUAUCCCACGUGGCACAAGGGCAAGGCCUGCCUGCUCGGCGACGCUGCCCACCCCAUGAUGCCCCACCAGUCCCAGGGCGCCUGCACUGCCAUUGAGGACGCCGCUGCCCUGGGCAUCAUCUUUGGCCGCAACUACGACUUUGCUGCCAACGUCGAGGCUGGUCUCGACUUUUACGAGCACAUUCGCAAGCCGCGCGCCACCCGCGUCCAGGCGGCCAGCGCCCGCGCCACCGAGAACCUCAACGAGCGCAUUGGCUUUACCAGCCUGACUGCUCCCGAGGCUGCCCUCGCUGCCAAGGAGGGCAAGCUCACCGUCAACGAGAUGAACGAGUACGACAUGCAUGCGCAUAUUGCCAAGGAGGCCAAGGCAUACGGCCACCUCUUUGCUGCCGAGCCGCACACACCUCCCAGGAGCGAAGCUGCCUCGACCUCGUUCCCCAAGCCCGCGGCUCCGGUCGCUACGUCCCAGGUCGCUGCCGGUGUCUGA